GGAUUUUCAGAAUCACAUAAUUUAACACGACAUAAAAUAUCAGCACACAAGGUAAAGCAGUGUUUUGAGUGCGCUAAAUGUAAGAAAACAUUCACAGAACAUAAAAGUCUCAAACGUCACUGGAGAGUACAUUCAAGAGAUGGCUUAUUAUUCUGCAACAGUUGUGGCAGGGAAAUUAUUCAAGAACAAGGACAUGUUGGUGAGAUACUGAGUGGUGAUUAUCUUGUGUGUGACAAGUGCGACAAACAAUUCCCUGAUAUUGAAAGUUUAUAUCAGCACAAAGCCAAAGACCAUGGUACGUCCUACCAAUGGGAUGUCUGUAAGGAAUUAGACGCAAAAGAAGCAACUGGCAUUGGUUAUAUCUGUUGUGUCUGCGAUGCCGAGUUUGAAAUCCCCACCAAACUUGAAGAUCAUAUGAGUAUGCAUGACAAUGUGCUGCCCCACCAGCAAGGCAAGAUAAAUUGA